AUAAUAUUAUAAACUACUACUUAAUAUGGUUGAGACUGUGUUCUUUUAAAUCAGACCAAUGCCCUUCGUGUUACGUUGAUUCUGAAUAAAUUAUAUCCAGAUCCAUAUGUAUAAGCUUGACCCUAUUGUUAAAUAUUUUUAAGCUCUUUGUUUAAUGGUUAAGAAACAUGUCGUGCCAAGUGGAAUUAUUUGCUGAUUGUGGAGAUAUUUCUAGUUUAGGACGAGCUCUCUUCAUACCAGAGAAAGAAGAUACCAGUUGGCUGACUCAAUGUACAGUUUCGUUGUCGCCGUGUGGUAACCUGCUGGGUGUGGGCUUCCGAAACCGCUUGUGUCUGCUCACUUCUCAGUGGAUCCGGUCGACAGAUCGGAACUCUUACCUGAUAACAUGGAGUGGCACAAUGCCUGCCAAUAUAACCUCGAUGUUGGCUCUCUCUAUUUGUCCCUCGCACCAUUCAUCCCAGAAUGGACCCGACUGGUUCUGUAUCAUAGUAGGCUUCAACAACGGUAGCGUCGGUUUCUACACCAACACCGGGCACCAGUUGUGCCUAGAAAAGCUUGAUGAAACCCCAGUUUUGAAGAUAUCGUGCCACACUGGCUCAUACGGGACACUGCCGGAUGAUGUACAUGUGCUCUUCUCAACGUGCGUGUGUAUCCUGACGGGGGCGAGUCUGUUUCAACUGCUGAGGAAUGCAAAAGCACAGCUUGCUAAAGUUCAAGCGGGCAUUCAGGAAACUUAUUCAGUUGACAACAGAGCCCUGGGCGUGAGGAAGUGGAGCUUCAGCGAGCAGGAACAGAUCCACGAUGCUGCGGUGGUGGGCUUGGAGCUCAAGAACUCUUAUGACCAUCUCCUGGCGGCGUCUACCUACGGGGGCUAUGAUACGUGGUACCGCUCCAUUCCUCCCAUGAACACGCUGAUCCUCGGCGCGGGCACGCGACCAUUCCUCGGGUUCCACUACGCGUUGGAAGGGGGUACUGCCCCGCCGCUACAAGACGUCGCGAGAGCAGUCGCUAACAAGAUAAAAUCUGCUUUACCAGGCUGGCUGGGCGGCGGCGGCGGCGCCGAGUCGGCUCCGGCGGAGCGGCCCGCGGUGCGAGCGGAGGCGCUGUCGCUCCGCGCCGGCCUGAAGGACCCCUCACGUGCUGCCACUUCCGUCGCGGUAUCUCCGGACCGAAGGCUAGCCGCUGUGUCCGACAGUCUGGGCCGCGUGAGCGUUCUGGACGUGGCGCGCGGACACCUUGUGCGUCUCUUUAAAGGCCACAGAGAUGCGCAGUGCGCCUUCCUGCAGGUGUUCGAACAAGACAGCAAAAAACCCCAGCUCUCAGUCAUCAAAGAAGUUCGCCGAGCAACAUUCCUGAUCAUUUACAAUCCCAAGAAGGGUUUGAUCGACAUCCGUCUCAUGCAGAGAGGCAACAGAGUUGCCGUGUUCACCGCCACCAAGAACGGCCAACUACUCUACAACACUUGUGGACUUGUCGGCGCAGAGAAAAGCUACACGCACAAGAAACUUAACCUGCCUGAGUUCCAAUGCGUCCUCAUAGACCCAGACGGUAAACUCAAGAAGUUCACGGUACCUUUCUUCUAUGCUUUGGAAGGCGAACACUCCGACCGAUCAAAGGACCUGCAUAUACUCCGCGACUUACGUGAAUUUGUCAAAAAGAAUCUGACAACUGUGGAAAAUUAUGAAAAUGAUAUCAUUGAGAAAGCGGAGAAACUGAAAACGGUGGAGUUACAGAAACACUGCUUAGAAAUGCUCGUUCGGAAUUAUGAAAUACCACCGAAAAUUGUUAUCUCUUGCUUAACUUUAUUCUGGGAGAAUAUUGAGAAACUAGAGAAGUUGACAGAGCAGGAAGAAAAAAUAAAGAGAUUUUUUGCCAACCUCGCUUUACUGACGCUUUUCUAUAGAAACAUAAACAAUGAAAGCACAGACGACAUGACAGAAUUAAUGAUCAAAAUUUAUUCUUAUUUAAAAGUUAAUUGUAUGGAGGAGCUCAGCGUAGAUGAGAAACAAGGCGACGAAGGUCCAGAUUUCCACUUAUUAGAAGACGAUAAUUGCAUUUUGGAAAGGCUGUUAAUACUAUCGCAAGAAAACGGGUACAAAGAACACCAACCUAGGGUGAAAUUUGCGGAGAACAAAAGUCACAAGUUCAAGGAGCUCGUGUCUUGUUUCCUCGUGGAGGAAAGCUCGGGGUAUCUCUCUUUGAAACCAGAACUACCACAAGAAAAGAUCAACAAAUUAUCUGCCGAUGUAUUCAAGUCCGUAUUUGAGAUCAAAGAUAUCGCAAAGCUAAGUGAAUUCCUCAAAAAGAGCGUUAUCGAUCCAAAAGAGAUGGUCAAACUUAUAAUAAUGCAUUUAAUGAACAUGCCACUAGAAGAAAUUAGUAUAGAUCUGAUCGAGAAGCUCAUAACUGUGUUGUACUACGCAAGCAAAGCGACCGAAGAAGCGACGAAAAUUUCGUACAACGAAAUAUCUCCUUGGUGGCAAAGUAUACGGGAUCUACUCGUGGACAUGUCCUGUCCUUUAAGGAGCAUGAUCGUGGCCAUGGCUUGCAAAUCUGUCGGCAAAAUCUACGAAAUCAAGUGUUCAGAAGGCGAGGAGGGAGCUUGGGAGUCGAUGACUACAGAGAACACAAAAUGGGGCAUUUUGAUCGGAAAACUCGAAGACAUAUCACUAUUGAGCAUUAUUCUCAUGUUCAAAGACAAGUUCGACGGAAAUGGUCUACCGAAGUUACAGUUUGACGAUAUAAGCAUAAAUCUGAAGUAUAUUUAUAGCAGAGGGAAAGGGUCGGUGACUGAGUUAAUAGCCAAGUGGUUGUGCAGUAUGGGGGUCGUUCCAGAGGCGGUGGUAGCCAAUGAGUUGAUGGAGAAUCGCGCGAGUUCGUACGAGGAGGAAUUUGACGAUGAUAGCGCCUCGUACCCCUUCAUAGAGAACAACAGAGUCCACGUUGAUAAUAACCCGAAAAUUUUCAAAUGGCUCUCGCUGCUAAGACAACAGUUCCCGCUCAGCACCUCAGCUGACUAUAUCCUCGCGAACAUGUGCUGGGAAUACGCCAUGGCUUGGCAGAAGGACAUGCAACACACCGACAAACUCAACGUAGUAAUAGAUUGCUUGAGGAACAUAUCAGAUUUACAUCUACGGUUAGGUCUCUUCGCAAUCAUAUGGUCGACGUACAUAAGACACAUCUUCGAAGCGUCUUGUAAAUUAGUCAAUAAAGUUGGUAAAAUGCCGAAAGAACCUCUUUGCUUGCAAGACGUUGGUUUCGGUAACACAGUCAUGGUUAAAUUUCUCGAAACGACUACAAGAUAUUUGGAUGAGUUCCUGAAGUGUUCGAAUUUGCCCGUGGAUCGAGAGAAGCGAGAGAUACAUUUUGAAAAGAUUUGGGAUGAAAGUACGCCGUCUUUAAUGGAAGUCGCUCAAGAUACAAAACGGGUUAACGGUGACAUUUUGAGUUUGAAUUAUCAGAUAUCGUGCACGAUCUACUAUCAGUGUCAUUUCAACGUGAAGUGUUCGAAGCCCUUGGAUACGUUGUACGAUAUAGAUUACCAGUACAUAUUUGAGGCGCUCACAGGCAGCGUUGUGAUCAGAUCCAUUAGUAUGAGAGGGUCAGAGAAGUUGCAGAACCCUCGGAUGAAGUUUGUGACGAAGCUGGUCCGCGCGGCUGUGGAAACUGUCACGGCCAGUGAUGAUAGAGGGGGGUACAACAGUGUAGAGUGUGAGGAGUGGAUGGAGAGGGUGUCGGUGCUGGCGGAGCUGUGGAACAUUGAUGGGGACUUCUUGAAGCGACAACAGGUGGUCGGCCUAUACCACUUAGGCUACGACACGCUAGCGGCAGAGACGGUAACCCGGCUGCGGAGUCCGGAGCCCGCGCUGGCGCCGCUGCUGGCCAUCAGCAUUCAGCGCCUCAAGCGCUCGCUGGAGCACUCGCGCGACCAGCCCGAGUGGAUCGUGUGCGUGCCGCCGCACCUGUACAAGCGGCUGCAGACCACGGUUCUCGAUUCAUCUAUACCAGCGCAUCCUUGCUUAGAGACUACAAUCAUUGUGCUACAAACGAUCCUGAUGCAGUUAGAGAAGAAGACCAAAGAAGGGACAACUGAUUUGCAAAAUAUCAAAAUAGCACAACUGAUCAUUGAGAGUUGCCAAGUUUUAAUUAGAAAGAAACUCUGAUUAAAUUAAUUUAAAUAAUUGUUAUGAACUUAUGUACGCUUGCUUCGCUUAUAGUAAGUUAGUUGUACAUUUUUUUGUAUUUAGCUAAGGAUCAAUAUGAAAUAUAAUA